AAAUCUCGCGUCGGAGGCCGCGGCCCAUAGGAAAAGCAGCAGCCAGCAGCCGCGCGUUAGGCGUUAGCGGAGCACACCAAGGGGCGCGCCACUUUACACGCCAGCAGCGGCCGCCGGCAAGCGCGGUCAGGUCGGGACUCGGCAGCGGGGAGCUCCCUCCCAGCUUCCCCCGAGCUAAAGCUAGGGGGACGACGCCUGCAGGCUGCGGCACCAACGCGGCCUUCGCCGCGACCCCCUCCCACCUCUCCCUCCUCCCUACCAUGCGCGAGGCCCACGCCCACGCUCUCCUGUCGGACACCCAGCUCCUCCCGUGCCUCCUUCGAGAUGGCGAGCCGCGACAAGGUCGGGUGCUCAUCGGCCCCGCUGCCCCUCGACCGCGUCCUGGCCGCGCUGGUCGCCAGCGCCGAGCAGCUCGGGAGGCGGUGGGAGGCCGCCGCUCGCGUCCGAUGCGGGAAGGCAGAUGGAGCGGCGGUCGGGAAGGCGGAGGGGAAAGGGGAGGUUAUAGAGAUGUACACGCCGCUGUUCUACGCUACCUGCGCCCUCGGCGGCGUCCUCAGCACCGGACUCACUCACCUCGCUGUAACGCCUCUCGACCUCGUCAAGUGCAACAUGCAGGUGGAUCCUAGCAAAUACAGGGACAUUCCGUCUGCGUUUGGUGUCAUGCUCCAUGAGCAAGGCCCCCGUGGCUUAUUCAGGGGCUGGAUGGCCACACUGGUUGGGUACAGCUGCCAGGGAGCCUGCAAGUUUGGGUUCUACGAGUUCUUCAAGAAGUGCUACUCUGACAUUGCUGGUCCCGAGAAUGCUGAAAGGUUGAGGACUUUAAUCUACCUUGCAGCUUCAGCGUCUGCUGAGGUGAUUGCAGAUGUAGCUCUCUGCCCCAUGGAGGCUGUCAAGAUUCGAGUCCAGACACAGCCGGGAUUUGCUCACUGCCUGAUCGAUGGGCUUCCGAAGAUUGUCCAAUCUGAAGGUGCCUUUGGGCUUUACAAAGGACUGCUUCCUCUUUGGGGCCGCCAAGUUCCCUACACUAUGAUGAAAUUUGCUUGCUUUGAGACCAUUGUUGAGAUGGUCUACAAGCAUGCAGUACCAAAACCGAAAGACCAGUGCAGUAAGCCACUACAACUAGCAGUGAGCUUUGCAGGGGGAUAUAUUGCUGGAGUAUUCUGUGCGGCUAUAUCUCAUCCUGCAGACAAUCUCGUAUCUUUCCUCAACAAUGCACAUGGAGCCACCGUGGCCGAUGCUGUAAGAACUCUUGGAAUGUGGGGUCUUUUCACGCGCGGCCUUCCUCUUCGUAUAAUUAUGGUCGGUACUCUCACAGGAGCGCAAUGGGCAGCCUAUGACGCGUUCAAAGUAUUUGUUGGAUUGCCAACAUCUGGCGGAGUGGUUCGAAGCUGUGCUGCUGCCUCCUCUUUGCGCCAAGAGGGUCACAAAAAGCAGAACUGACCACACUGAGAAAACGUGCUGAACCAGCGGAGAAUAGGAGAUGUGGCACACUGAGAAGAUGUGCUGAACCAACGAAGGAGAAUAGAUGUACUUCGAUUUCACUGAAUUUUGUAGCAGUUCGAAAUCAGAUCGUUUAAGUUUUAGCUGGUAGAGCAAAAGAGCAUUCACUUUCAAGGGGCUUUUGUCGGAACCUCUUGAACAGACAUUGUAAUGAUAGACGGCUUUUAGUAAUGCAAGUUGUUUAGCCAUGCUUGGUGUAGCAGUACGCCUGCACCCUGCCUCUAUUAA